CAUUAAACCUUUUGUUUGAUGACGUUUUCGUUGCCGCUGCCGUCGUGGUUUGCUUAAGCUCCCUAUUGUCUCAAUUGUGCCGCACCAUUUUUCUUAUUACAACCGUUUUUCAUAGGCCAAUUUCGAUAAAUUAAAAUUAUAGCCGCUUCAAGGCUUGGAAGAAUAAAAGAAAAAAAAAUAUUUAUCUCUCGACCUCGAUGUCAAGUUAGAAUUUUAAUAUCUCAAAAAUGGCCUUUGCUGCCCGUAGUCUUGUGCCCCUUUUGUUUGCAUGCUUCAACUGUAAAAAACCCUACUUGUCUGACUCAAGUGUCCAACAAUUAAGGGAAACCUGACAUAUCUCCCUGAAUAUUUACUAAAACUAGGAAAACGACAAAUUAUAAAUGGAAAUUUUAAUAAGAAACGAACUUGUUCGGGUGUAAUAAAAGGUUUAGAAAACGACCCUGUUAGUAUAACGUAACACGGUAUUUCUUCACGAGUGCAUUAGGUGCACUGCAAGCGCACGUAGACGUAAACAGUAGGGAGUUUAAGAAAACUACAGCGGCAACGGGAACAUCGCUAAAUAAAAAGGUUAAAUGAGCAGUACAAUGGCUAUAUAUGCACGUGCAUUUUAAUUCUUGCUACAUUUCUUGCCGUCCUCUAGCUCUGUAAAACAACAACGUGAAACAACCAAAUUCUGUUUUGUAUGGAGAACAUGAACCGCGUCAGAUAAUUAAUAAAACUAAUGCUGUGUUUUAUAUCCAGUUUAUGACUUAUAUUAAGAGUGCCGCGAGAUUCGUUGGCAAAAUAAAAAAUCAUUUUGUUAAUCGUCGUUGCUCUCGGCUUCGCUGUCGUGGUUACUUGAACUCCUUAAUUAGCGCGAACGUACAUGUGUUCCUCGCGUGUUUUAAUUUGGGAACAGUCAGAUUGUCGACAGUUGUAGUGUCAUUUGAACUUAGCAUGUUUGUUACUGAUCACAACAACCACCUGUGUAAUUGGUACAUGCCAACAUGCAUCACGCAUUUUCUUUUCCAAUAAAUUGAGCUAAAUUAAACCAAGAAAAAAAACAACGCGCUCGAAAUAUUUUUACACUGACCAGCUUAUAGUGCAUAAGGCAAAGGGAGACCAUUACUGUUCACCGCUCGGGCAUCUUCAUGGCUGUAAAGAUAGAUGAUUAAAAACAGAUAAGAAUAAUGACAGCGGAUGACAUGUUAGCCGGCAAGUUACGUCUCCGAGUUACAUGUACACCAAUAUACACAUGACAGGUUUGGUCAGGUUUAAAUAACAGAUGACUUACAUCAACAGCUGCGCUUUAAGUUAGCAAGCAGGUUUAACAGCCAUAGAUGGUUAACUUUGUUGUGACCAUCUCCACCUUAAACAUGAACAACACAUCCCUUCUUCACUGUUAUUUUUUGUCUGUAAACGUGGAACAAACGAAGGACACCUUUAUCGCAAGUAUUCUAACAAGCAUUCUCAACGCAGUGUUUUCUCUGAUGACAACUACUGGGAAUUUUAUCAUCCUAUAUGUCAUCUGGAAAAAACAAGAGCUUCAUUCGCCAUCUUUUAUCCUCCUGUUCAGCCUCGCAGCCUCGGAUCUUGUUGUGGGGGUGAUUUGUCAGCCAUUUUUCGUGGCCUAUCACAUUGCGGAAUUCGUGGGCGACUUUAACGCUUACUGUGUCUUGAGAAUUAUUCAGAGCUUGUUUAGCUAUGCAGCAACGAGUGUUUCUUUGGCGACUUUAAGCGGAAUCUCCAUUGAUCGACUUCUCGCUUUAACUCUUCAUUUAAGAUACAACACUGUUGUCACUUUUCGCAGAACUGUACUAGCUAACUUUGCCGUCUGGAUAGGAUCAGCUGCUCUCGUUUUGGUGAAUUUUUGGAAGAUCACUGUCUGGAUUUUUCUUGCAGUGGCAGGGCUACUGUUAACAUUUCUUGUCACAGCCUUGAGCACCUUAAAGAUAUUCCGGAUCGUUCGUAGACAUCAGCGCCAGAUUUCUCAGCAGCAGCAGAGUGUCCAACGCAACACUGUAAACGUUCUGAGGCUGAGGAAGUCUUCCGUAACUGUCCUUUAUGUCUACGGUUUGAUAUUAAUUUUCUAUCUUCCACUUUUGGUGACAAUUUUCAUGUACAAUUCUACCGGGUACACAACCAGAGUGAAAAUUGCCUUUGACUGCGUUACAACUGUUGUUUUUAUCGGCUCUUUCCUGAAUCCAUUUGUGUACUGCUGGAGAAUGAGAGAGAUAAGACGAGCUGUUAAGAACUUAUUCAGGAUGAACCAGAAUGAGGUUACCUCUCUAGAAAGCAGAACAAUGUCAAGGCAAUAAUUCUCUGACUGCAGGUUUUUACGAAGUUUUUGCUUUACUUGAACGGUGAGGCAGCAUGGCCUGGUGGUUAGGGCGCCGGACUUGAAAUCCGGAGGUCGCGGGUUCAAGUUCCGCUCUGACCCCUAAGCUGGAGUUG